UCGCUGGUUUAUCAUGGAACCAGGAGCUGAACAGAAAUUUAAGCAGAUUAGUGAAGCUUACGAGGUAUGGGGAGGAUGCUCUUAAAGGUUCUAAUAUGGGCAUGGGGGACUUUACCAAUCCAUUCGAUCUAUUUAGCUCAUUAUUCGACAUGGACAUUGGAAAUAGAGGUGCCAGAAAUAUGGCUGCAGAUGGCGAAGAUCUAAUUUUCAAUCUUUCCUUGACUUUCAAGGAAGCUAUCUUUGGGGUAGAAAAAGAGAUUGAAGUAUCCAGGCUUGACUGCUGUACCACCUGUGAUGGCUCAGGUGCAAAGCCAGGGACCAACACAACUACCUGUACCGCAUGUGGUGGGCAAGGGCAAGUUGUCUCAUCGGCAAGGACUCCACUGGGCGUCUUCCAGCACGUGAUGACAUGUUCUGCCUGUAGUGGGACUGGGGAAAAAUUAACUCCUUGUAACACAUGUGGCGGUGAGGGAAGAGUAAGAAAAUCAAAGAGGAUUAGCUUGAAGGUCCCUGCUGGGGUUGAUUCUGGUAGUCGGUUGAGAGUCAGAUCAGAAGGCAAUGCAGGAAGGAGAGGUGGCAUGCCUGGUGAUCUUUUUGUUGUCAUCAAAGUGAUUCCAGACUCUGUAUUGAAACGGGAUGGUGUGAACAUUCUCUAUACAUGCAAGAUUUCUUAUGUUGAUGCAAUCUUGGGGACAAUAGUGAAGGUGCCAACAGUGGAUGGAAUGGCUGAUCUUAAAAUCCCUGCUGGUAUUCAGCCAGGAACAACUUUGGUCAUGGCAAAGAAAGGUGUGCCCUUGCUGAAUAAAAGCAACAUGAGGGGGGACCAAUUAGUAAGAGUAAAGGUUGAAAUCCCAAGACAGCUGGGUGAUAAAGAAAGGAAGCUUGUUGAAGAACUAGCCAACCUGAAGAAGACCAAGACUCUUAAUGGUAGGAGAUAGAGGGCAUAUUGGCAUCAGCCUUAACCCUGGAAUGCCUGUGGGUUCUGUAUAAUGAGUUAUGCUGCAGCGAUUGAAGUAUUCUUUUGGAUGAUUUUUCUUUUUUAUUUGUGUUUAAUAGUUACAUCCUGUGUAGAAAGACUGGUAGUCUUAGAAAGUGACAAUUGUGUUACUAUGAAUUUAUAUUUGUGUAUAAUUUUUACAUCCUGUGUAGAAAGAUGUGUAUGAUACUUA